AUGGCGGAGCCAAUAUCUGCCUGGACGGGCAGCGACGGGCCUGAUCUUGCGGACGGGAUUCACGCGCUUGAGCUGUACAAGAAGAAGGACCCAACGAAAGUUGUUGUACGCUUCAAGGCCGUAGGAAAUGCGCCGAUCAUGAAGCAGAACUUCUUCAAAGUCACCGUGUCAAACCGAUUCCAGGCGGUGAUUCAGUUCUUGAGGAAGGAGCUCGGGUGGAAGUCGGGCGAGCCUCUGUUCACGUACAUUAAUCUGGCGUUCUCGCCAGCUCCGGACGACACAGUUGCCAAUCUAUAUCGGUCAUUUGCUACGGAAGGACAUCUCAUUGUGAACUAUAGUACCACCGCCGCUUGGGGCUAA